AGAUACAAUAUUCAUAAACUCUGCACUCUGCACAAAACUCAAUCAUCAGAGCUAACAACAACAAUGGGAGAGGUAGACCCUGCUUUCAUCCAAGACCCACAACACAGACCAAAGUUGAAUACUAUCCAAGCUGAAGAAAUUCCAGUGAUAGAUCUCUCCCCGAUAACCCACGACUCAGUUUCAGAUCCAUCUUCCAUUGAAGGGUUAGUGAAGGAGAUAGGAAGUGCAUGCAAGGAAUGGGGUUUCUUCCAAGUAAUCAACCAUGGGGUUCCCAUCACUCUCAGACAAAACAUUGAGCAAGGUUCAAGGAUGUUCUUUGGUCAGACUCUGGAGGAGAAGAGGAAGGUUAGAAGAAAUGAGUUUUCUCCAUAUGGUUACUAUGACACAGAACACACCAAAAACGUUAGGGACUGGAAAGAAGUGUUUGAUUUUCAAGUCAAAGACCCCACUUUCAUUCCUGUCACUUCUGAUGAACAUGACGAUCGAAUCACUCACUGGACUAAUCAAUCCCCUCAGUACCCACCAAACUUUAGGGAUAUAAUCGAAGAGUACAUCGAAGAGAUGGAAAAGUUGUCCUUUAGGUUGAUGGAGCUCAUUGCUCUGAGCUUAGGCCUUGAGGCAAAGAGGUUUGAAGAGUUUUUCAUGAAAGAUCAAACCAGUUUUAUUCGUCUGAACCACUAUCCUCCAUGCCCUUGUCCUCACCUAGCCCUUGGUGUUGGUCGGCAUAAGGACGCUGGAGCCUUGACCCUUCUUGCACAGGAUGAGGUUGGUGGACUUCAAGUCAAACGCAAAGCAGAUCAAGAGUGGGUUCGAGUGAAACCUACCCCAGAUGCAUACAUAAUCAAUGUUGGUGAUAUCAUUCAGGUUUGGAGCAAUGACUUGUAUGAGAGUGUGGAACACAGAGUGAUGGUUAACUCUGAGAAAGAAAGGUUUUCCAUUCCAUUUUUCUUCUUCCCUGCACACGACACCGAAGUGAAGCCUUUGGAGGAAUUGACUGAUGAGAAAAACCCUCCAAAAUAUAGGCCAUACAAAUGGGGCAAGUUUCUUGUUCGUAGAAAGGGAAGCAAUUUCAAGAAACAAAAUGUGGAGAACAUUCAGAUUUAUCACUAUAAGAUAACUUGAAGGAUAACAAAAUAUCUUAUCCGAGGCCCUGGAAUGUUUCUGAUUUUCUGCACUCUGAUCUUAUUAUGCAGUAAACAGAACUAGUGAAUGUUAUGUGUGGAAGGAGCAUAUAAUAAAAGAAAAAUAUUGAAAUUGCAUGGA